AUGUCGGUCUCUACCACGGCAACCAUCGCCUCUUUUGGGGGCAAACUACUUAAGCUCGCUCACAAUGCCUCCACCACGGGCUGCGAAAUGAAGUUCAACCUCUACCUCCCUCCGCAAGCGAGCUCCUCAAAAGUUCCACUGCUUAUCUGGCUGUCAGGCUUGACCUGUACGGCUGACAAUUGCUCCGAGAAGGGCUUCUUCCAGCAUGGCGCAAGCAAGCGAGGCAUCGCGGUGCUGUACCCGGAUACCAGCCCCCGCGGCAUCGGUAUUCAGGGCGAGGACGACAGCUACGAUUUUGGCACCGGUGCAGGCUUCUACGUCGAUGCGACCGCCGACCCUUGGUCCAAGAACUACAAGAUGUACUCAUAUGUAACCGAGGAGCUACCUAAGGCAGUCUUCGAAAACUUCAAGGAGAUCGACUCGAGCAGGGUCAGUAUAACAGGGCACAGCAUGGGCGGCCACGGCGCGUUGUCGCUUUACCUGAAAAAUCCUGGCAAAUACAAGAGUGUGAGCGCAUUCGCACCCAUUGCCAACCCGUUGAAGGCACCAUGGGGAGAAAAGGCCUUCAAGGGCUAUUUUGGCGAGCAAGACUGGCAGUCCAAAGGCGCCGAGCACGACUCGACCGAGCUGCUCAAGCAGUGGAAAGGUGGACCACUUGACAUAUUGAUUGACGUGGGCACCGGCGACAACUUCUACAAGCAAAGCCAGCUACUACCAGAGAACUUCGUGGCUGCAGCAAAGGAGAUCGGUCAGGAGAAGGGUGUCAAUGUCAGGUUUCAGCCCGACUACGACCACAGCUACUUUACUAUGGCUUCCUUCGCUGAUGACCAUGUAGACCACGCCGCGAAGUACCUGUUCGCUUAG